UCUGUCUCUCUCGCUGUCUCUCCUUCGUUCCCUCUCGCUGCUAGUGCUUCUUUUUUUUUGUGUGCUCUGUGAAAAAUUGACGUGCGAAUUCGUGUGAAAAGUGAACAAGAACAAGAAGAAGAAGAAGUAGGCAGAAAGCAGAGGAAAAUGAUUGUCAAUAUGCCCGUCAAUGGGCCCAACAACAGCUCAGCCGCCCAGCCGCAUUCCACUGAGCAUUCCAGUCACACUUCCAGCCAUCACAACAACAACAACAACAACUCGCUGCCCUCGAACUGCGAAUUCAACUUCCUCAAGCGCAAAUACGAGACCCAACUGGAGGAGCCCUACGAGCAGCUCAGCGCGAAUCCCUGGAAGAAGCGCCACCUGGACUACGAUGUGAACGGAGUCGGCGUCGCUCCUGGAGUGGGAGUCGGCGUGGGUGUGGGAGUGGGGACAGCCGGCGAUCUGUGCUUUCAGCUGCAGCUGGACACGAGCGCCAGCGGCACGGCCGGCGCGGCCUUCAUCAACGACUUGUUCGCCUACGACAAUCAGCUGCUGGUGCCCGCCGCCUCCUACUGCGCGCCGCCCGCGGCGCCCCUGGAGGCGGACGCCGGAGGCUGGCAGGCGGGCGAGCUGCUCGAGCUGGAUCACCGCUACACGACGGGACUGCAGACGGAGAUCUCGCAGCUGAACGCGACGCUGCCGCCCAUGCAGAAUCAGCCGGACAGCCAGCUGGACGCGCAGGCGGAGCAGCAGCUCCAGCUGGCGGCCACUGGCAGCGGCUUUCUGCAGUCACAGCCCACAGCACAGUCGCAGUCCCGUUCAUUGACCUGCCCAGCUCGCUCCUCGCCAGAGCCGGACUUCGAGGACAAGAAUCUCUCGUGGCUGCUCAACUUCAAGUUCGACGAGUUUCCGCACCUCUCGCCCGACGUGGGCGGCGGCAUGGCACGGCUGGGCGUUGGCCUGGAGGCCGCCACGCCUACAGCGGCGACAGCCGCCCACAUGACCAGCGCAUCGCCCUGCAGCUCGGCCUCGCCGGCCUCCGCAUCGAACUCCAGUCACAGUCACUCCUCCCAGCUAGAGCCCCGCGGCUCGCCCAAGAGCUGCUCCAACUCCUCCUCCACGGCAGCAGCAGCAGCAGCCACAACGACAGCAGCAGCUGGAGGAGGAGCCACGGGAGCAGCUGCAGCAGCAGCAACAGCGACGCCAACCAAAGCCGGACGCAAAUUCGAGGAACUGGUCAUGGAAGUCACCUCCGAGAUGGACGGCAACGAUAUGAUUGUCGCCGAGCACGUUGUGGUCGAGGAUACAGCAUCCAAAGCGCCGAAGAAACCACCGUUUACAUACACGGAACUCAUCGAAUACGCCCUCGAGGACAAGGGUGAGCUGACGGUGUCUGGCAUAUACCAAUGGAUAUCCGAUCGCUUUCCGUACUACAAGUCGAACGAUGAUCGCUGGAAGAACUCGGUGCGGCACAAUCUCUCGAUCAAUCCGCACUUUCGCAAGGGCGUGAAGGCGCCGCAGGGCGCUGGCCAUCUGUGGGCCAUAUCCAGCGGCGACUCGGCGGAGAAUGUGUUGGCCUGGGAGCAUAAAAAGCAACGCUUGGAUCUGUUCUUCAAAAUGGAGUCCAUCAAUCGCGAGCGCAUUCAACAGCAUCAGCAGCAGAUGCAGCAGCAACAGCAGCAGCAGCAGCAACAACAACAACAACAGCAGCAGCAGCAGCAACAACAAUUGCAGCAGCAACAACAGUUGCAACAGCACUCGCACUCGCCGCAGCAGCAGUCGGCUAAUUGCAUGUACGAUGAGGCAGCUGUUGCUGCCGCUGCCCUCACCCACGAAAUGCUGCAGCAGACGCAGAGCGACGAGUCGCCCACAUCGCAUCCGCAUUCGCAUCCGCAUUCGCACUCGCAUUCGCAGCGACUGUUGCCGUUCAGCGAUCUGCUGAGCGACGACGAGCUGCGCAAGACGGCGGGACAGAUCCUCAAUGGCAUCCACCGGGAGGUGGAGGUGCAGUCGGUCAACUCCAUCAUCAGCACCUAUCAGGAUGUGCUGCUGGACAAUGACUAUCUCAAUCCCAUACACAAAGACGUCGUCGUCACGGAGAGUGGACUGCGCCAGCAUCAGCAUCAGCAUCAUCAACAGCAGCAACAGCAUCAACAGCAGCAGCAGCAGCAGCAACAGCACAGCGGGAGCAGCAGCAACCUGCUGGCAGGCAGCCUCUCCCACUCGCAGUACUACAUCACAGAGAUCGAUCCCAUGGAGCUGGGCAUACAGAUGUCCCACCAGGUGGAGCCGUCCGAGGAGGAGGUGCUAUUCAGCGACGACUUCAAUCUCAACUACUUUGGCUACAAUCCGGGCAGCGAUAUUGUCGCUUGACCGCGCAAGCAACAGUUGCUCGCACAGCAGCAGCAGCUACAGCAGGAGCAGCAGCAAUCAGAGCAAUCGAAAUACUCAUAAGCCAAUUCUCAACCAAUACUAGUCACAGCUAACCUAAUCCUAUCCAAAACUAACCACCUAAGCCAGCAAAUACGAAAGAUAGUCCCCUCAAGUCCCCCUUAUCCAAGUAAAUCCCAUGUAUAGUUCUAGUCUUCAAUUGUACCAAUCCAAA